UGACCCCAUAGAGGUGUAGCCUACAGCCUAACCUGUUUACAGCAGUGACGCAUUGUACGAUUGGUGGAUGCCAACCUGUAAACACGAAGAAGACGUCACACUGUGGGCGUGUUUCCGUUUAUCCGUGUAUGUGCAGCAGUAAUGAUAAGUCAAGGCGAGAGCAAGACGAGUUUCUCUAAGUGGGAAUAUACUCAUUAUUUCACUUUAGUGGAGCAUAAAGUCAAAAACCUUUUAGUCAAAUGUAAGCUGUGUCUUUCUGGUUCGAAAGUCCUAUAUAGGCUACUGCGAUAAACCAACUCCAAUCUGCGAAGCACCUCUAGAAACUACAAAGCUAGAAGCUAAUCCGGUGUUGGUGGGCACAUUCAAAGUGAGCCAAGCCCCUCCAGCCAAACACCAGCGACUAGAUUUUAACCGGACUGUCAGCCAGUGACCGAUCAACAAACAUAUAUAUGUAUAGACUAUAAUGCAUUAAUGGGGACAUUAAAGAAUGUUCUUUAAAAAAAAGUAACUAAAAAGUUACUUUUAACAGUCACAUGUUACUUUUUGGUUUAAGUAAUCAACAAAGUAACUGAGUUACUUUUUGAAUGAAGUAACUAGUAACUGUAACUAGUUACUAUUUCUUAGUAACUAGCACAACACUGCUGGAACUGUUUAGCAUGUCUUGUACUGUAGCAUUAAGAUUUCACUUCAUGAGAACCAUGGGAUCUAGUCCAAACCUGGUUUUAGUGUGAAAAUUCCCCUGUGCAUUUCCAGGCCUUCUCACCUUACAUCAGUGCCUGAGCUCACUAAUGCUCUUUUGGCUGAAUGAGCAAAUCUCUAAAGCAAUGCUUCAAAAUGUAGUGGAAAGCUUUCCCAGAAGAGUGGAGGUUGUUACAGUAGGAAAGAAUGGACAAAUCUAUAUUAAAGCCCAUAGUUUCUGAAUGAGGAUAUCACCAAGCAUAUAUUGGGGUAAUGGCCAUGUGCUAGCAUACGUUUGGCCAUAUAUUGCAUUUUUAAAAUUUAAUUUAAAUUAAGGUGCCAUUUAUAUUUAUAUAAAACUUGUGAGCCCCUGCAAUGACAUUAACACUGAUUUUAGUUUGCAUAAUCAUUUUGUGGUGCAACUAGACAGCUUCUUUGUUUACCAAAACAUUGCCUAGCAUCCGGGCAAAUUUAGAUCUUAUAAAAAAGAAUGAAUUAUUAAUGAAACUAUGAGCUUAAUCAUAAUCAUGAAAUCCAACAAGAAAUUAAAAACUUUCCAAUGAAUUACAAUGAUGUAAUUCACUCAUAUACAAAUUGCAAAUUCCUAAUAAUCCAAUUUUGUUCUUGUAUCUCUGACUUAGACAAAUUGAGGAUUAUUGGGACUGAAGCAAAGACAAUGAUAGACACAGUGAUACUGGAAUGAUAAAGUAACGAUAAAGUAGGUGCUGGACUUUGUUAAGCAACUCUAGAAGUAAAAAGAAGUGCUGGAUAAGAGCUGUGUGUGUGUGUGUGUGUGUGUGUGUGUGUGUGUGUGUGUGUGUGUGUGUGUGUGUGUGUGUGUGUGUGUGUGUGUGUGUGUGUGUGUGUGUGUGUGUGUGUGUGUGUGUCGGUGCUUCUAUAAAUAUCUCCCAGUGAGAAGCAAGGCAAGAACAAUAAGGGGUUGGCUUAAAAGAAGGAGACAUUGUUUCUGAGCAUCAUUUUGUGGUGCAUCCCUCCUUCCAUCACUGUGUUAGAGUUCCAAGCUGUACAAUCCAUUUACUUCACAUACAAGGAAAUAUUGUACAACGUGGAUGUUUAAAAGAGUUUCCUUAAAACUCACAGAAGGCAAAAGCUCUUUAAAAAGCCCGAUGAACGUCUAUUUAUGGCACAGCACUGGUGGAAAUCUAGGAGAAAGCCGGCUUGUUAUCUGAAAGAGUUGGCAUGCCGUUAUCCACAUAUACACUUUGUGUCAGACAACACUUUAUUUUAAAGGUUGGAUCCACAUUGUAAAGAUGCCUGAGCAAGAGAAAAAGUCCAAGAUUUCAGCUUCACGUAAACUAAUGUUGAAGAGCCUGAUGGUUGCUAAAGCUAAAGAAAUGUUGGAGCAGGAGGCAGUGGAUAAAGAAGAGGAAAAACAGCAAUAUCUGGCAGAAAAAGCUCCUGUUCUACAGACUAGUGGAAUGUCUUUUGCAGAUCUCCAUGAACUGUGUCGGGAGCUUCAUGCCAAAAUAGACGAGGUGGAUGAGGAGCGCUAUGAUAUUGAAGCAAAAGUGCUGCAUAACACCAGAGAGAUAAAAGAUCUAAACAUUAAGGUUUUAGACUUGAGAGGGAAGUUUAAACGGCCCAAUCUGAGAAGGGUAAGAGUGUCAGCAGAUGCCAUCCUGCGCUCUCUCUUGGGCUCCAAACACAAAGUGUCAUUAGACCUGAGAGCAAACCUCAAAUCAGUCAAGAAAGAGGACACAGAAAAGGAAAAAACCGUAGAGGUUAGUGACUGGAGGAAAAACGUGGAGGCCAUGUCCGGAAUGGAAGGCCGUAAGAAAAUGUUCGAUGCUGCCAAGGGACCUGUGCAGUAAUCAAGAUGUGGGAUCAGUCGAGUGUGAAGAGACAGCAAUCCUAGGUUAUUGUUGGCAUACUGCCAAGCAAAUUUUCUUUAUAUAAAUCAUUUAUUGUUUAUCUAUAAUUUCUGAAUAUAAUUGAGUAGCACUCAAAUUAUUAUAUCAGAGUCAAGAUCAGAGUUGACCAGUCAGAGUUGACCAGAACUACAACACUGGAUUGUUGCACCGAUAGAAACAUUUUUGUUUGAUAGUUUUUGAUUACCGUCUCAAUAAACUCUAUUCAUUUCUAUAAACAUU